AUGGCGAUCAGCUUCCAUCUUCCUUUUAUGAUGCACGACCACAUGGAAAGAUUCAAGUUCUGUGGCAAACUCUGCGACCUCGUGAUGCAUAAACUUUAUGUGCAGCUGCGCAUGACAGAGGAAGGUGACAAAUCUGAGGAACGGUUCCAGAUUGUGGUGUCAUCAGAGGAGUGUGAGCACAGGGCCACAAUUCUUAGUUCUCUGCCAACUCUCUGGUACCUGUUCAGUGAUGUUCUGAAUCUGUCGCACUUGUUCCCAACAGGGCCAAGGAGCCACAGCCGACUCACUGGGGAAUCAGAACUGAGGAUCAUCCUCAUCGGUAAGAGUGGAGGUGGGAAAAGUGCCACAGGAAACACCAUCCUCGAGGACAAGAAGUUUGAGUCUGUACUGGCCCCAACACCCACUACUCAGACAUGUAGUGAAGGCAGCAGGGACUGGAAAGGAAGGAAAGUUGUGGUUAUUGACACGCCUGCUAUUUUUGACACCAAGGACUCUGAUGAACAAACCACCCUUGAGAUCAGUCACUGUGUCGCGCUUUCCUCCCCAGGCCCCCACGCUCUGGUGCUGGUGACCCAGCUGGGCCGUUUCACUGAGGAAGAUCAGCUCGCCGUGAGGAGAGUACAAGAGAUUUUUGGCCCCGAGAUCAUGAAGUUCACAAUCGUCUUAUUCACCCGCAGAGAAGACUUAAGGAGUGGAACCCUGGAGGAGUACAUCUUCCACCCGGAUAACAAACAGCUUCUGCAGCUGAACGAACAGUGUCAGGGCCGAUACUGCGCUUUCAACAAUAAAGCUACGUGGGUGGAACGGGCUGCCCAGGCUGACGAGCUGAUGACUAGGAUUGCUCAUAUAGUGCAGAGGAGGAAUGACCAACAGUUCUACACCAAUGAGGUGUAUGAAAAGGCUGAGAAGCUUCCAAAGGUAAAAGCCAUGUUUUGUGAGAAAGAUGAAAGACCAUGGUGUGCAGAAGGGGAGGCUGAGCUGAGAGAAUUGAUAGAUACACAGAAAUCCUUUGAGAAAAAACAAAAAUCCAAGGUUAAGAAAAAUAAUUCUUCGUAUGGCUCAUCGCCAUGUCUGAUAUCAUAG